UCUCUCUGAAAAACCCACUCAAAUUCACACCCAAAUCUACCGAAUGACCAGCUUCAACACCUUCUACAACACCUGGUGCGACCACUUGAGCCAGCUGGUGCGCCAGCUGGCCACGGCUCCGAGGGCUCCCACCACUCCCGACCAGCACUGGGACUUGGAGCACUUGGUCGCCAAGACCAUGACCCACUACGCAGAGUACUACAGGGCCAAGUCCGCCGCCGCCGAACGCGACAUCUUCAACAUCUUCGCCGCCCCUUGGGCUUCCUCCCUCGAGCGCUCCCUCCAUUGGAUUGCCGGGUGGCGACCCACCACGGUGUUCCAUUUGAUUUACACUGAGUCUAGCAUUCUCUUUGAGUCUCAUAUUGUUGAUAUUCUUCGUGGUCAGAGAACCGGUGACCUCGGUGACCUCUCUCCCAGCCAAUUCAGGCGGGUGAGUGAGUUACAAUGCGAGACCGUGAAGGAAGAGAAUGCGAUAACGGACGAGUUAUCGGAGUGGCAAGACGGAGCGACUGACUUAAUGGGAGAGCGGGCGAACCUGGACGAGAAGAUCGGGCAGCUGGUGAGCGUAGUCCAGAAGGCCGACGAUCUCCGCCUCAGAACUGUGAGAAGAGUCGUGGAAUUGCUCACCACACAGCAGGCUGUGGAGUUCUUGAUCGUUGCCGCCGAGUUGCAGUUCGGAGUCCGGCGGUGGGGGCUGGAGCAGGACCGUCAACGUGGCAAUUAAUCCCUCAAUUUGAUCAAAAUGCUGCCUUUUCAACGUAUUAGGGUUAGG